AUGAACGUCGUGAACGUCAAGGUGGAACCCACAAUCCCGGACGAAUGUGGAUCUGAAAUGCCCUUGACCAUCCAGAAUGCCAAGAAGGCUCGCAAAAGAAGACCAGCUAAAGCGACUGAUCUAACACCCAAAAAAACUGAGCAUCCCCAAUUAUCCUUUCCGAUGGAUCAACGCUGGGCUGAAUCUACUGUUGUUACGAAUGAAACACACUGUUUGUGCGAGAUCUUGACUUGCAGAAAUUGCAAUAAAUCCCACAAGAGGUCUCGAAUCGAACAUGUGGAAGUGUCCCAAUGCCGAUUUAGUUGGUUUAAAGUUUCGAUGAAGCAGCCAGGACAUGCAAAGAAGAUGUUGAGUGAGACUUCUAAGCUCGGAGUACAAGUUGAAGACAUAUUGCAUGCUUUGUUACCAUCAAGCAAUCCAAAUUGCUGGCUUCAUUUCUACACGUUUAAAGCAAAAUCAAUCGAAGAUGAAGAGAAACUGAAGACCGCUGUUGAGACCAAUUUCGUUAGAGGGUUCAAUGCGGAGUCAUUGCUGGGAAAUGCUGACAAGUCAUUCUUCUUCCAUGACAUUGAUAUGAGAAGUGCGUUGAUUCUCUGCACAAUUGCCACUUUCUUAAAACAUUGGAAAAUCGAGUCUCCUCUGCCACCGAUGGAUUUGCUUCGUGAUCACGAGCAUUUCUCAAAAGCUCUGGCAGAUGCUAAAACAUUUGAGAUUCUUGAUAAAUAUGUGUCUCGCAAUGGAAUGAAGAAGCUCAAGGCAUGGGACAGCGACACCCUCUGGUAAAUAGGCAAUCUUGGAAAAUUCCGUCUUUUUAAAAUUAUUGUCUUUAUUUAAUUUUUUUUUCAUUUCUCUUUGGUCUUAAACUGAGAAUAAAGUAUUGAUUUU